AACGCCCAUGUUGAAUCCUGAAAACUACAACUACCUAAGGAUCACAGGUUCUUGGGCGGUUUCUCCUUUCGGUCGAGUUAAACGCCUGGGAUUACUUCUGAGGAAUCUCUUGGACCGGCUACCCAGCUCAGCACUGCCCGAGUCGUCGGAGUCAGCUGGUGACGAGAUGGGGGCCAGCCAGUCCGUGUGCUUUCCCCAGGUCACAGGCCCCCACCCGGUAGGCUGCGGCGAUGUGAUGGAGGGUCAGGGUCUCCAGGGAACCUUCUUUCGAAUCUUCUACCCCUGCCAAGAGGCGGAGGCCACUGUAGAGCAACCCCUAUGGAUUCCCCGCUAUGAGUACUACACGGGCCUGGCUGAUUACCUGCGGUUCAACAAGCGCUGGGGGGGAAUGUUGUUCAGCCUGGCUGUGGGAUCUUAUCGCCUACCUGUUAGCUGGAAUGGGCCCUUUAAGACAAAGGACACUGGAUAUCCCCUGAUCAUCUUCUCCCACGGCAUGGGAGGUUUCAGGACAUUGUAUUCAGCUUUCUGCAUGGAACUGGCCUCCCGUGGCUUCGUGGUUGCUUUGCCAGAGCACAGGGACCAGUCGGCUGCGACCACCUAUUUCUGUAAGCAGACCCCUGAGGAGCACCAAACCACCACCAAGUCUUUGGAAGAGGAAUGGAUCCCCUUCCGCCGCAUUGAGCAAGGGGAGAAGGAGUUCCAUGUUCGGAAUCCACAGGUGCAUCAACGGGCGAGGGAGUGUGUGCGUGUGCUGAGAGUCCUGCGGGAGGCAGCGGCCGGCCAGACUGUUGACAACAUCCUACCCGGGGGUUUGGACCUGAAGAUGUUGAAGGGCAGCAUCGACAUGAGCCGUGUGGCUGUGAUGGGACAUUCAUUUGGAGGUGCCACAGCUAUCCUGGCUUUAGCCCAGGAGACUCAGUUUCGGUGUGCCGUGGCCCUGGAUGCUUGGAUGUUCCCCCUGGAACGAGACUUCUACCCCCAGGCCCGGGGCCCUGUGUUCUUCAUCAACACCGAGAAGUUCCAGACGGUGGAGAGCAUCAACUUGAUGAAGAAGAUGUGUGCCCAGCAUGGGCAGUCCAGGAUCAUCACCGUCCUCGGUUCUGUUCAUCACAGUCAGACCGACUUUGCUUUUGUGACUGGCAAUUUGCUUGUCAAAUACCUAUCCAGUCAUACCCGUGGGAGCCUGGAUCCCUACGAGGCCCAGGAGACCAUGGUACGGGCCAUGCUGGCCUUCCUGCAGAAGCACCUUGACCUAAAAGAGGACUAUGACCAAUGGGACAGUCUCAUCGAAGGCGUCGGGCCCUGGCUCACUCCCGGCGCCCCCCACCACCUGUCCAGCCUGUAGGCGCAGCUGACCAUCUGUCACAGGUCACGUGAGCUGUGGUUGCACUGCAGGGUAAGGGGCUGCCCUGGGGCACCAGUCACCUCCCUCAGGAAGUGGUCGGCAUGCCCCUUUUUUCUCAGAUGGAGGGGAUGUAAUCACACCGCUGAUUGGCUAGUGGGAUGCUUUGAUCUUGGACUUGUCGAUCUUACACUCACCCGGGACUUGAAUCACUGAAUGCUUGGCAAACCUGCCUUCCCGGGGGCCUGAGCCCUGAAGGGGUGGGAGAGAAGCUGAGUGCCGUGAGGCUGAAUGAGAAGGUUAGGCCCGGUGCACCUGCUCCCUUCGCUCCAACCAGGGCAGUUUCUGCAGUAGAAGUGCCAAAGCCAGAGGGAGGGGCCCUCAGCCCCGCCUGGCGCCCUCUCUUGCCCACCCUCAGCCAGCUCCCUCCUGGGCCACUUGGUGAAAGAUGAGCGCUUGAGGACACUUUCUAAGGUCUGCUUCAUCACCAGGUUUUUCUGAUCAUGCGCAGAUCUUGCUCCUUGCGGGGCAGAAUGCCUUGUCAAUCCUGAGUCUCACCCCGUGAACCCAAGGGUGGGGAAGGAGGGGGCCACAGCAGGCUCUCCCCACACAGGGCUACCUCGGAAGCUCCAGAAGCCUUAGAUUGUGUACACAAGUGGUUUGAGGUGGGGGUGUUAUGAUCAGGGUUAAACAAGUACUUGCAAAUGCCUUGCCACAAGAAGGGGGAAGUGUGGCUAGUCUGGACCGUGGAGGACAUGCCGGGAGAGGUGCAGGAACCCCUGAGCGUCACCUCUCAGUUCCAAGGUCGUGAGCUGCCAGCAUGAUGAGAGUGUGGACGCUUGGGUCAUCUGGCCUCCUGGCUCUGAGAUCCUCACCCCAAAUUCAAGUCUAGAUACAGACCUCACUGUCAUCCUGUCCCAUGUAUGAUGAGAACAAUGUUAAUGCUAAUGAAAUGCUGGAAUAAUCUCUGUUCAAUCUGCAAUAAAGCAAAAUGGGGAGCCAUCUGGAA